AUGAACUACUCGAAGCCGGGAAAAGAUGAAUGGAACUUCACCCUUCCUCGAGUGAAGGUACCCGAAAAAUCAAGCAGCGCCAUGGGUUAUGGGGAUGGCUUCAAAGGCAGAUAUGGCACACGUCGGCAGUGUUAUGAAUUCACCGAAGGCAACGAGCAUGAUACCGAAGACCUUACGACUAGCCUCGAUAAGUUGGUCGCUGAUAUUCAACGUGGCGUAUCUUGUACGGUGAUUCGCAGUCAACUUACACGCUGUCGGGAGCGAGUGGGGGCUGACAAGACUCGUCAACUGUUGAACGGACUGGUUAAAGGAUUUCCUGGGUUCUUCUACGUUGUAGAGAGUCGAGAUGUCGAGAUGUACGGAGGCGACGCCAACACCACCUACGGAACAAGAAGGCUCCCUCUCAUUGCCUAUGCCAUCACCCUCGGAACAUCGUAUUCAACGGACACGACGGCGCUUCUCAAAGCACUUCUAAGUGUUGGCGCAUCUGUGGCUUGUAUCCCCGAAGCCUUCCACACGCCUCUCGAGCGAGACCUUUUGGAUGAUGAUCCUUCAACUGAAGAGCUUGCUGAUUUAGCUGGCGAACAUCAAAAAUGGUGCAGCCCCUAUGCUCGGAAGCGAAUGACGGAUACUCUGAACUUUCGCUUUGAACAGCGAUACCUUCUUCACCGCGCCGCUCUUCUGGAGCGUUUCUCAGGUGCAAAGCAGCAGGUCGCCAAACUACACAAAGCUGAAGCCCUACUGGGCAUCCACUACUACCUCGUUGGUCAAACGGCCGCAAUCACCUUUGUCGUCGAUCGCUUAACCAGCCACCUCGCACUUGGAGCAGAACGACCAAUGAUUCUUUUGUUUGCCGGACCAAGUGGACACGGCAAAACCGAACUUGCUCGCAAUCUUGGCAAGCUCAUAUCGUUGGACUUGCACAUGACCGAUUGCACCAGCACGCGUUACGUGACGGACCUCUGGGGGCCAUACUUCCCAUAUCAAGGAUGGGAAAAAGGCUCCGCCCUCACGAACUUUCUGGCAGAACAUACCGCGCAGCGCAGCAUUGUUUUCCUGGAUGAAUUCGAGAAGACGGAGGAUGAAGUCCGGGAGUCGCUUCUCAAGCCCUUUGAGGAAGGCAUCACUCGUAACCGCAAAUCCCUCGAGUGGAUUAACUGUUCCAAGACGAUUUGGAUUCUGGCAACAAAUGCGUUUGACCACAUCAUCCACAACUUCUGCAAGAAGCACGACAAGACUCUCUUUGCGGACGAGCCCGGACGAGAGGGGCAGAAGCUUAUAACGAAGCUUUCGAAGAUGAUACAGAAAGAGAGCAUCUCCAAGUUCGGAGCACCAUUGUCAGGACGCAUCACAGAAUUUGUCCCAUUCCUGACCUUCUCGCACAGCGAAUUCCUCGCGAGCUUUGGCAGUGAGGUGAUCAAACCAGUCAAAGAGAGCACCGUGCCAAACCAGGCUCGGCUAGUGGGGGACCUCGACGUCCAAGUUCGACGCAGCUACUCGGUCUGCAGAGCAUUGGUGACGUACGGUUACACCCCUGAGCUGGGGGCUCGGAGCAUUGCCAACACGGUGAGCCGGGACAUCAGCGUCCCCGUGGUGAAGGAGUAUCUUGAUAGAAGAGAGGGGAUUCGUGAGGACCAGGGGAAGUCUACGUUUGUCGUUGGCGUGGACGAGGAUGGCAUGAUUGAUGUGUCGGAGUCGCCCAAUGAGGGGGGACAUCUGCCUUCUCUUAGCACGGGAUCUGCUCCUCUUCUGGAGGAAUUAUAA